CAUGAGUCAUCCUCUUCUUCCAGCUCAGGGUCUUUUCUCUCUAACUGCUCUGAGCAUCGUUUGUGUGUUAGCUCCUUCCUCUCCUGUUUCCACCUCUAAUAAACACCGAACCGAGCAGAUGCCUGCAGCCUUUUUUGUUGCCGUCAUCUUGAUUUGCAGAGGAAUAUGGCUCUGUGGCUUCCACCCCAGACUCAACGCCUCCAUGCACCGAUGGCCCAAAUGAGGAGUCAGAAAUAUACGAGCUGCAAACAGCCAGAGAGUGGUCAGAAGAUGAGGAGACGGCAGAUCCUGAUGAUGACGAAGGGCAGGCUUCAUCUCCGUCCAUCUGGGGAACCCCUCGCCAGAACUCUUUUGAGCUGACCUUCUCUUACAUUGCCAUCGCCGAGGCCGAAGCGGUCGGUGCCUCGCGGCAGCAUCGUGAGCGGCGCAGGGGCGGCCAUCGGGGAAGUCGUACUCCUUUGAUCCAAACAGACACUCUGGAAAUGCUGUUGGACUCGCCCGAUGUGGACUGGGACCCUCAGGUCUUCCUCGAUCAGGAGGAAGAGGAGAGACUGUCUGAGAGGAGAGAACAGGAGAGGGUUGAACCCAGGACAGCGUGUCCUUUCAGAAGGACGGUCAGGGAGCAGAGUGGAACUGUAACAAAUCAGCCUAGUCCCCAAAAUAUGGACACAAAGACUCAAAGAAGUGACACGGGAGUCCAAAGAGAGACUGUCCAACCUUCCUCCCUGAUCCAGCACAGGCCCUCUGCCACAGUUCAGGCAGCAGAAGCAGCUUCAUUAACGCAGAAGCCAGAAGUCACCAUGGAAACCGUUUCGGUCAAGCUUCUCACAUCUGUGCGACCUGCAGACCAAGUGGGAUCGUCGCCGGCUGCCGUCAGCUUUAACUCUCAGGAACAGCUGGUCGCAGAUCAGUGGUUUUCAGCUCUUAAUCUAAUCGAGGAGCCGACCGUGUGGGCAGUGAUAGAUCUAAUCUACUGGAAGGACACAGAGCGGACCGGCAUGGUGCUCACUGGACUAGUAGUGGGCUUGUUGUCCCUUUUCCAGCUCAGCAUCAUCACCGUCAUCUCCACGGUCUCCCUGGCUGUCAUGUGCUUCACCAUCUCAGUCCGCGUCUACUACCAGUUCCUCUACAUCCUCAGCUGGGGUGAUGGAGAACAUCCCUUCAAAUCCUACCUGCAGCAGGACAUCAGCUUCGGCGGAGAACAGGCUGACCUUUUCAUGCAGUGGGUCAUCGUUAUGACUCUGUCUGCUGCUGAAUCUCUGAAGAGGCUCUUUUUUGUAGGAAACCUUUUUGAAUCUCUUAAGUUCCUGUUUCUGAUGUACCUGGUGACAUACCUGGGAGACCUGAGCAAUGGCCUUACUCUUCUCAUCAUCUCUCUGAUUGCUGUCUUUUCUUUGCCCCUUUUCUACAAACAACAUCAGGAGGAGGUGGAUGGCUUUAUUGCAAAGAUCCAGGCUCGGGUUGACAGCAUUAAGGAUUUUCUGCAGAGACUUAUCCAGGGCGGAGGCCCUCCUGCUGAUCCAACUCCCGGUGGGGCCAAACCCAAAGCCCAGUGCACACUUGAUGACAACUCAAAGAGAAGCUAGCAGAGUUACGGAGGGACACUCGGGUGUCUCACACAGCAGCAGUCUGUCCUCGGAGACACGUGCAGACACAGACACCAGAGAGUUAAAGGGAAGUUAUGAUGAGGCUUAUGCAUGUUUACACCAAAUGCACUGAAGUUAAAGGAUGACUGGAGACUCUUGGUGCUGAUGUCAGAUGGGAACAUCAUCAUUAAAGUUAUUAUUUAAAUGUGUUAAACAUAAAACUCACAGCGUCUUAGAUUGAGCUGUAGUCCAAACGUGGUCCAAGCCUCAUAGCGGUAAUGUCUCUCACUGAUGGGGACUCAACAGGUGGGAGGACAGGAAUGUGUGUGCGUGCGCUCGAGUGUGUGUGUGUGCAUGCGCGUGUGUGUAUGUGUGCAUGCGUGCGUGUGUGUGUGUGUGCGUGCGUGCGUGUGUGUGUGACACCAAAACUUCUACCUUUAUCCCAGCUGUCACACAUUCUUCUUCACACAUUAGUUUGAUUUAAAUUCACGAACAGAUGCUGCUUUCCCUCCUUUUAGGGUGUAAAUAAUUAAUAAAGGCUGAAUAGUCCUGCAAUAAGAUCAGAAAGCGAUGGAUGGACCAUAAGCUCUGAUAGGAUGCAUUGUAGUGGGACAAAUUUCGUCUAAGUUAUUUUUUUAUCUCCAGCUGUGGGAAAACUGAGAUCCAGCAGGUGCCUUUCUAACUGCAGGUUAAAGUGGACGGUCCGAUUCGCUGUAGUCUCUUCUCGUCCCUGAACGCACCACUCCUGACUCUUACCUGACCUUCAUCUCACCGGAGAACGAUGACUUCUGUGUGUACGGUACAUGUGAACAAGGUAUCUUAUAGAUAAUUGUAAGUAAAUCAGUUUCAGGAAUGAUUAAAUAAUUCAGGAUCCUUCAGAUUUUUAACUUCCUGUCAUGCUUUCAGCUGUUUUGUUCCCAUGCCCUACUGUUGACCAACUUCUAAACCAUAAUCAUGACGGCAUGUUAGCCUCAGAUGUUAUUGUGAUGCCUUUUAUGGACUCUCAGUUGCUGCACAAAGCCUUUACGUGCUUAUUUUUAUUCCUACUAACCAGAAUAUUGAGUUUCACUGAGGAGAACGGAGACAUUUCUAACCAUAUUUAACGUAUCAACAUGGAUCGGCAUGCAUUCUUUAGCAUCUGUAUGUAAUGUUGUAUUUAAACUCUGCUGCUGGUAAAUCAGACUCAUCUUGUAUUAAUAACUCUAGACUAUCGGGUAUUUAGGGUCUUUUUAUAAUCGCUGUAAGGACAAACCCCAUCUCUGUAUGAAAAUGAAAAAAGAAUAACAUAUUCCAAAUCUGCCAAGCCCUGUUAAUAAGUAAGAAUAAUUGAAAGAAAAUGUUUAAAACUGAAAAAUUCUUUAUUUGAAAUCAGAUGACGACAAUAUGUUUCCAAAAAAGUGGGUCACGGAUUAAGGUCUGAUCUUAUUUAGAAAAACUCAUUUGUAUAUUUAAAAACAAAAUGUGAUCUAUUGGUGGAUAAAAUCUCAGCUGUUGAACAGUUUUAGAUUGCAUUUUUUGUGGCAUGGAUUUUUCCAAAACACGUCAGACCCAUCGGUGUCAGGAGUUAACAAUGCCUUUUAUUAAAAAACACGUUUCCCCCUUAAAGGAUUCAAGAAGAUUGCAUCAUUUUUGUGUUGCUUUUAUUGAUUUUGUCCUAUUUUAAAGUGCUUUUAUUUUUUGGUGCAGCAGUGUGAUGCGUUCACUGACGCUGGGUUUUCAAAAGUGUUACUGCAGCUUUCUGUUGCUGCCAUCCAAUUCAAAAUGAGCAUGUAAUAAAAAGAAUGAAAGACAAUCAUUUUUACAUUUCAUUUGUUUGUUUUUUUAUUAUUUGAAACCAAACACAAAAUCUGUUUAUAUUGACCAUGCUACUUUUUUUGGAAGUGACUUAUUGGCCCUUUAAAACCUGCAGUGUUGUAUGCAUUAUAGUGGAACACCAAUUAUUUUAUAUUCCUGAAAGCAGCUAGACUUUUAUCCUUGGAAGAAAAAUAAAUGAUGGCAAAAUAA